CAGGCCUGCAGCUCUCCCAGGCUCCGUGUGGGGUUUGCUAUGAUCGCUGUCCCCCCACAGAACCAGGACUGCUCCUCGCUGCCACAGCUUCUCCAGGCCUCCAAUUUGCCCUGCCCGUCUUUGUCCCCAGGCCACCAUGGGCAGUGUCAGCAGCCUCAUCUCCGGUCACAGCUUCCACAGCAAGCACUGCCGGGCUUCGCAGUACAAGCUGCGCAAAUCCUCACACCUCAAGAAGCUCAAUCGGUAUUCUGACGGGCUGCUGCGGUUUGGCUUCUCCCAGGACUCGGGUCAUGGCAAGUCCAGCUCCAAAAUGGGCAAGAGUGAAGACUUCUUCUACAUCAAGGUCAGCCAGAAGGCCCGGGGCUCCCAUCGCCCAGAUUACACGGCACUGUCCAGUGGAGACCUAGGGGCCCAGGCCGGGGUCGACUUUGACCCGUCCACGCCCCCCAAGCUCAUGCCCUUCUCCAGUCAGCUAGAAAUGGGCUCCGAGAAGGGUGCGGUGAGGCCCACAGCCUUCAAGCCCAUGCUGCCGCGGUCGGGAGCCAUGCUGCACUCCUCCCCUGAGAGUGCCAGCCACCAGCUGCACCCCGUCCCUCCAGACAAGCCCAAGGAACAGGAGCUGAAGCCUGGCCUGUGCUCCGGAGCACUGUCCGACUCCGGCCGGAACUCCAUGUCCAGCUUGCCCACGCACAGCACCAGCAGCAGCUAUCAGCUGGACCCACUGGUCACCCCGGUGGGGCCCGCCAGCCGCUUCGGAGGCUCCGCCCACAACAUCACGCAGGGCAUCGUCCUCCAGGACAGCAACAUGAUGAGCCUGAAGGCCCUGUCCUUCUCCGACGGGGGUAGCAAGCUGGGCCACCCGAGCAAGGUGGACAAGGGCCCUUCGUGCGUCCGCUCUCCCAUCUCCACGGAUGAGUGCACCAUCCAGGAGCUGGAGCAGAAGCUCCUGGAGCGGGAAGGCGCCUUCCAGAAGCUGCACCGCAGCUUUGAAGAGAAGGAGCUUGCCUCCAGCCCCGCCUAUGAGGAGCGGCCACGGCGCUGCAGGGAUGAGCUGGACGGCCCGGAGCCCAAGGGCAGCAGCAGCGGCAAGUUGAAACAGGCCUCGCAGAAGAGCCAACGUGCACAGCAGGUGCUGCACCUGCAGGUGCUGCAGCUCCAGCAGGAGAAGCGGCAGCUCCGGCAGGAGCUCGAGAGCCUCAUGAAGGAGCAGGACCUGCUGGAGACCAAGCUCAGGUCCUACAAGAGGGAGAAGACCAACUUCGGCCCCGCGUUGGAGGAGACGCAAUGGGAGGUGUGCCAGAAGUCGGGUGAGAUCUCCCUCCUGAAGCAGCAGCUGAAAGAGUCCCAGGCAGAGGUGAAUGCCAAGGCCAGCGAGAUCCUGGGCCUGAAGGCACAGCUGAAGGACACACGGGGCAAGCUGGAGGGCCUGGAGCUGAGGACGCAGGACCUGGAGGGCGCCCUGCACACCAAGGGCCUGGAGCUGGAGGUCUGCGAGAACGAGCUGCAGCGCAAGAAGAACGAGGCAGAGCUGCUGCGGGAGAAGGUGAACCUGCUGGAGCAGGAACUUCAGGAGCUGCGCGCCCAGGCCGCCCUGGCCCGCAAUGGCGCGCCCGCCUUCCCCGAGGACAUCCCUGCCCUGCAACGGGAGCUGGAGCGACUGCGGGCCGAGCUGCGGGAAGAGAGGCAAGGCCACGACCAGAUGUCCUCGGGCUUCCAACACGAGCGGCUGGUGUGGAAGGAGGAGAAAGAGAAGGUGAUCCAGUACCAGAAGCAGCUGCAACAGAGCUACCUGGCCAUGUACCAGCGGAACCAGCGCCUGGAGAAGGCCCUGCAGCAGCUGGCCCGCGGGGAUGGUGCUGGGGAGCCCCUGGAAAUUGAGCUAGAAGGCGCUGACAUCCCCUACGAGGACAUCAUAGCCACUGAGAUCUGAGGGACCGCCUGAGAGGGUGAAGUCUGGGAACUUGGCGUUGGGAAGGAGGGCUGAGCUCAUUCAACGGGGGGUCCCCUCUGCAUCUCCCCUGCUCAUCAAGUCAGAUCCCUCUGAGAGAAGCCGCCUCCUUGGGCACAGACCCAGGAGCCUCAAGGGAUAGAUAAGGGUUGCAGAAUGGCCUUUCCUUCCCUUUCUGGUGAUCCCUGAAGCCCACAGAACCCCAGGCCAUGACUCCUUUGAUUCUUUCCAGGAGAUGGAUCCGGGGAUCUCCAUGCUUUGGUGAAGGGUUCCCUAAACUUUGGCCUUUGUUCAAGUUAGUUAGAGAUACUCGUCCCCAGGGAAGGUGACCAAGUACAGACGUUCCCUUCCACUUCUCAUCCUAACCUCCUUUCCCCUCGGACACAUUGGAAUGUCUUAGGAAUAGAAAGAAGCCAUGUGUGACCAGAAGUCUUGGAACCUGGCCCCGUCAGAGCCUGAGCUGUUUUCCUCUGGCCGUGGAGGUAUCAUGUUAGAAUGGGCGGUUCCAGCCCCCGGCAAGCCACAGGAAGGAGGGGAAAGCCAGGCAGCCCAGCAGUGUUGAGACUUCACUAGACAGGGAAGAAGCCAGGUUGUAAGUGGCAGAGUUGGGUGUGGAUCUUGGGGCCCAGCCUCUGUCUGGGGAUUCCUGCUAACUGGAGCUGAGCAGGCGUUGGAGAGCUGGUGGCCCUUGACCUCAGUGACCACUCUUCAUAAAGCCAUAGAAACUGAGACUCUGGGGUGGGUGCUGGGAAGGGAAAGCUGAAGGCACUGUGGCACAGGGAGCCUUUCCAGGCAGAGGGUGUGGCUUUCCAGCCACCCCUGGGGAGCCUUCCCGAUCCUUCCAGCUGGGGCUAGAGUCCAAGAUUCCCCACCUGGCCCAAGGCUGACCACUAGUUGCUCUGGGCUGUUUUUUCUUCUCCAGAAUCAAGCUGUUGCUUGGAUCCAAAAUAACCCAGAUCCACCAAGAUGGCACGUGUGUGACCUGGGCACUGCUCUCCUUCACCUACUACCAGAUUCAGCCACACACAUUUCCCCCUCAGCAACUUCUGGGCCAAGUUCUUAGGUCUUUACAAGUCAGGACAGGUUCCCCAAGUGCCACUGAAUGAGAGCCCCAGCCAAGAGAAGAAGAGGCGCACGCACAGCCCUGGCCACCAGCUGUCCUCCCUCCACUUUGAGGCCCUGUGCACCCUAGACUGUAAAGGAUCCAGAGAGUGUCAGCUUUUCUCAGGGGCUCAGGCAGUGCCUGGGAGGGGCCGGGGCUUCUCUCCUGAUGGGGUGCAGAGCUGAGGGGAGGUGGUGUGGGAAGAUAAGGUGGAAAUUCUCAAUUGCUUGGUUCAGGGAAUUUUCUUUUUUCCUUUCUUUUCUUUUUUUCUUUUGGUGUCUUUUCAGAAGCAAGCCAGACCUAGCAGGCUGUUCCAUGUUCUAUUUUUGACUGUAGCCACAGCUGCUGUUCUCAGGAUGGCCAGCCCUUGCAAGAUUCCUGUGCCUCCUGCCUGCUGAGAUGAGGCGGAGAGUCUGGGUACUUGACGGUCCAAAGCCAGUUUCCAGUUCUGCCCCCUGGGCUGGCCCUUUGAGGCCCUGGGGUGGGGAGCUCUUCCCUUCUUCCCUCCCACUCCUUCUGGGGCCCACCACAGCUCUUCCCUGAGGGUGGGUUAGAGGGCAGGGUCACCUUCCCUGUGGUUGGCUCUGCCUUCUGGUUCCUGGAGUUAUCCCGUGCCCGUCCUGCUGUUGUCAAAUGACAGGAAUUUUUCUGGAAUUUCAAACCAAUGCUCUUAGUCACAGGCUAGAUUUAAACCUGAAAUCUACAGGCCACAAGCCCUCUCCUUGCCUGAAGGGUGGUAUACGCUCCACUGGGCACAGUUCAGACAAGUCAGUCGUCCUACUGUUUGGUCUCUCCAUUUCCACCAGCCUGUGCCUUGUUUGAGUCUUUUCUCCCAGUGAGAUGCCCAUGGAGAGAGAGAGAGAGAGAGGGGCUGACCGCCCCUCCCCAGGCUUAAGCUCCCUCCUUCCCCAGGAAGAGUGGCCAAAAGCCCAGUACUCUGCCCUCAAGAUCUUGCUUGAGAAGACGGUUGCCGAGCCCAGGGGCGUCUGCUCAAGCACAGAGCCUGCUCCCGAUGGUGCUGUGACAGUACCUCCACCCAAGGGGGGAGGUUGGGAAUGCAGCAUUCUCCACAUCUCUGUGGCCCGGCCUCAGGCCACUCCAGAGAUGUCCCCCCAAGGCCUUGCACAACAUCUGAGGUGGCAGAUGCCCUCCCUGAGUUGCCACCAGCCCAAGGCCCAGGGUGGCCCACAGUGGCACCAGAAUGCAAGUGACAUGUGGCCUAGUGACCACCUUCCUGUGGGUUCUCUUCCCUUCCUUAUCUAAAAGCAUCCUCGGACCAUGCUAGACCUCACCUCCUUGGAAGGAGGUUUUGAGCAGUAGAGGCCUCGAGCAGACAACAAGGCCCAAACCCAGGUGGGAUGGAGGGAGCUCCCUGCUCUUCUCUCCGGGCACCUCUGCUGGCACCUUGCUCAAUCAGACUGACUGCUCUGCUCCCCCAAAGGACACUAAUCCUGAAAGUGCUCCAUCUCUCUGCCUCCGAACCUUGGAAUAACCGGACUCCCAUGGGACACCCUCAUGAAUAUCUUCCAAUGACCUCCUGCCAAGCCCACACAGCCCCAUGGGCAUUUAGCUCACAUGGGCCUGGUGUCAUCUCUGCCCUGAGAGGUCCUUGCUGCGUCUCUUGUCCCUGGCCCCAGCCUGUGCCCUCUCUUAGGAGAAUAUUGCCCAAGCACGAGCCAGGCUGGCUGUCAGAUGGGCAGCUUUGGGAGAGGGGUUUCCUCCAUGGCCCCUGAUGCAGGCCGUGCUCCUGGACCAGCAGGGCUACUCUCCUCACCCCUCUGCAGGUGGUCUUUGGGUUGCCGCUGUGGGCAGAGCUGGGCUCUCCCCAGAGGUUGGCUUUGACAGACUGGCAUCUGGAAGAAUCUGUACAUAGUUAUUUUUCUCUUACUUGUUUGGUUUGGUUUGCUUUUGAUGGCUUCGUUUUAUUUCUGAUGUCACCGUUUGGCCAUGUAAACUAUUUCUGGUAAUUUUAUGUUUUUAUUUAUGAAUAAAGAAUGCCAUUUCUCAUGCAC